GUAAGAAUAACAUUCUUCUCCUGACGGAUGAUGUCUCCUUUUGUGGCAUGUUCUUGAAAUGGAGAUUCCCAGGUUCAGCUUCUUGCUACAGUGCAGAAAAUGGGCUAAGAGCGAUUGGCUUGUGGUUUCUAUUGGAUUCGUUUUGGUCGUCUUCUUCCUCUCUUUCUUCUUCGAUCCCACUGUUCCCUCCAUUACAUCCCCAACUAAUCUGGUCAAACUCAAGUUGUCUAGUAAAGCUAAAGAGAGAGGAGCCUUUUGCUUGGAUGGAAGCUUGCCUGGGUAUCAUUUUGACAAGGGUUCAGGAUCUGGCUCGAAUAGCUGGCUUCUUCACCUUCAGGGUGGAGGCUGGUGCAACACAAUAGCUUCAUGUUCCGCUCGAGCAAUGACUAGGUUAGGCUCUUCCAACUACUUUGAAGAUGAAGUUGAGUUUCCAGGUGUUUUAAGCAAUGACCCAUCUCAAAACCCUGACUUCUUUAACUGGAACAGAGUUGUGAUACGGUACUGUGAUGGUGCUUCUUUCGCUGGACACCCUGAAGCUGAAUUCAAGAACGGAACUGGGCUUUUCUUCCGGGGGCAGCUUAUUUGGGAGGCUAUUAUGGAUGAGCUGUUGUUGAUGGGCAUGUCAGAUGCCAAACAGGGCAUACUUACAGGAUGUUCUGCUGGUGGCUUGGCAACUCUUAUACAUUGUGACUACUUUCGUGACCAUCUCCCUAAAGAUGCAGAUGUCAAAUGUGUUUCUGACGGCGGCUUCUUUCUCAACGUGCUUGAUGUCCUUGGAAACCCAACGAUGAGAUCUUUCUAUCAAGAUGUUGUUACCUUGCAGGGCGUAGAUAAGAGCUUGGAUCAGAAUUGUGUAGCCAAAAUGGAGCCAUCCACGUGUAUGUUUCCUCAAGAAUUCGUUAGUAACAUAAGAACACCAGUGUUUCUUGUCAACGCAGCUUAUGAUUCUUGGCAGAUUCAAAAUGUAUUGGUACCAGCUUCUGCUGAUUCAGAUAAAAGUUGGGCAAAGUGCAGACUCAGUAUUAAAGAAUGUGAUGCUGCACAGAUGAAUGUUCUACAGGGUUUUCGCAGCUCUCUGAUGGAUGCCAUAGGGAAAUUUCAUCAGAACAAAGCUGGUGGGAUGUUCAUAGAUUCAUGCUUCAUUCAUUGCCAAACAGUUACGCAAGGGACAUGGCACUCCCCAACCUCAACAAGAAUCGAAAACAAGACAAUUGCCGAGUCUGUAGGUGACUGGUACUUCAACCGAAAACUGGUUAAGCUAAUUGAUUGUCCUUACCCUUGCAAUCCCUCCUGUCACAACUGAAGUUCAGCUGAACUUUCCUUGUAGCUGCAUUGACCAAUCCCUCUGCUUCUCGACUUCUCCCGAACUUUCUUCAUCUGAUCAGGAGCAGCCGUGUCCUAGAAUUCACAAUCAGGUUGAGUCUCAAAAGGCAUUUCAUGUUCUUGAAUCUUGAAGCAUGAAGAUAUCUAGAGGAACUCACCUGCUUUGUAUAAUAAAGUAGCUGAUCAUAGAGAAAGAUUUUAUUACAAAAGCAACACAAUUAACAGUCCAUAUUGGCAUAUUUACACGUUGGGGUCUUCUGAGAUUGCAUAUGUAUAUAUAUAUUUGUGAUCACA